AUGAAAAUUGAUAUUCAUAGCCACAUUCUACCUAAGGAAUGGCCUGACCUAAAAAAGAGAUAUGGAUAUGGUGGAUGGGUACAGCUGGAUCAUCACUGCAAGGGACAGGCAAAGAUGAUGAAGGAUGGGAAGGUUUUUAGAGUUAUCCAAGAGAACUGCUGGGAUCCAGAAGUCCGGAUUAAAGAGAUGGACCAGUCAGGAGUCACGGUCCAAGUCCUGUCCACAGUCCCUGUAAUGUUCAGCUACUGGGCCAAACCUCAGGACACUUUAGAUCUUGCCCAGAUAUUAAAUAAUGACUUAGCUGCUACGGUAAAAAAGCACCCCAAGAGGUUUGUUGGGCUGGGCACGUUACCUCUGCAAGCUCCAGAGCUGGCUGUGAAGGAAAUGCAUCGCUGUGUGAAUGAGCUGGGGUUUCCUGGAGUGCAGAUAGGAUCUCAUGUCAAUGAGUGGGACCUGAACGCCCCAGAGCUCUACGAUAUUUAUGCUGCUGCUGAGAAAUUAAAUUGCUGUCUCUUUGUACAUCCCUGGGACAUGCAGAUAGAUGGGAGGAUGUCCAAAUAUUGGUUUCCCUGGCUAAUAGGCAUGCCAACAGAAACAACCAUGGCCAUUUGCUCCAUGAUUAUGGGAGGAAUUUUUGAAAAAUUCCCCAAGCUGAAAGUUUGCUUUGCACAUGGAGGUGGAGCUUUUCCAUACACAGUGGGUCGAAUCUCCCAUGGAUUCAACGUGCGCCCUGAUUUGUGUGCCAUGGAUAACAAGGUGGAUCCAAGAAAAUACCUUGGCUCAUUUUACACAGACUCUCUUGUCCAUGACCGUGGGGCACUAAGGCUGCUAACAAGUGUAGUAGGAGAGGACAAAGUUAUUUUGGGUACAGAUUACCCUUUUCCACUUGGGGAACUGGAACCUGGAAAAUUGAUUGAUUCAAUGGAUGAUUUUGACCAUAAACUGAAGGAUAAACUCAAGGCUGGAAAUGCUCUGGAAUUUUUGGGUCUUAGCAGAAAACAAUUUGAAUAA